UAAACAACCAUUACUGGGCCUCUCCGAUCCCUUAGAUUCUUUUAUUACUAGUCGUGCGCUUGUCUCUACACUGAGCCAUGAGCUUACUCAACAAGCUCUGGGACGACACCAUCGCUGGCCCUCCACCGGAUAAAGGACUUGGAAAGCUGCGAAAACAAUCUAAUCUAAGUUUCCGAUCGUUGAACUCAGACAAGGAAUCGGAAACGGCGGGGAAUACAGCAGUGGAGUAUCCUUCGAUGAAAGUAACACGGAGUAUCAUGAUCGUAAAACCUGAGAGAACUCUGAGCGAUACACCGCCGGCCUCUCCUGCCGGAUCUACACCUCCGGUAUCUCCUUUUGCCGGUAAGCUGAAGCGAGGCGUUCAGGUUUCGGAGGAAAUCAGCAUCAGAUGCUUUUGAGAAGGCAAGUGGAAUUGGAAGCAGGAGCCCUCGUCCUCCCUACGAGCUCUGAGAUUUGAUAUACUAAUAAUACUCAUCUCACAACUUUCCUGUUUCCAGGCUCGGGCUCCGUUAUGUUUCACUUCAGGCAGGCAUUUGGUGUAUGUGUCUAUGUGGUUGUAUAAUUAAUAAUAUCAUAUGUAUGCUCGGGAGUUGUCUUUGACGUUCGGUGGUGUUUGGUUAAGUUUAUGUUGUUGUACGCCUAUAAUCUAUAUAUGGCGCUUGUAACAUCAUGGUUUGCUUUUCUAUCGACGUAUCGGGGAUGUUCGCUUUUCUUAA